ACUACAGGACUUUUUAACAACUGAGCGAAUUGUGUUUUUUUAUAUCAUGAAAGAAAGAUUAAUCAUAAUAUAAAAUAAAAGUUGCUACACAGAGUGAUGGACGUUCCUCAUAGCACUCCAGAGCAUCCAGAUAUGGAAUAUAAGCUUGAUAAAGGAUCUGUCAGGCUGUGGAUGCGCUUGGUUCUUCUCUUUAUCACCAUCAUGGUAAUUAAAGGACUUUUGAUCACAAGUGCCAACUUUUUGCUGAGGGUAAGUGCUGGAGAAUCUGGAGAACUCAAAGCGAACCUAGUUUGUGUGAGUGACCAGAGCAGAGACAGAGAGAAAUUACAGCUUCAUGCAGAAAUCCAGAGACUCACAACACUCCUGCACAACAUCACUACAGACUCUCGAUGCCAGCUUUGCCCGAAGAGAUGGCACAGGUUUAUGGGUCACUGCUACUUCAUCUCAGCAGGACUGGAGAAAGACCUUAAGUGGGCUGAGAGUGUGGAAUACUGUGCUGAGCACAACGCCAGCCUCGCCAUCAUUCAGCAGGAAGCUGAGAUGGAGUUUAUCCUCAGCGAGGUGAGCAGGUUUUCAGAGACGCCGUUUCUCUGGCUCGGCCUCACUGACGCACAGGUGGAAGGUGUGUGGACGUGGCAGGAUGGAACACUGUUACAAAACAACAGAUUCAUAAAGGUGCAGUGGGACUCCGAGCACAGAGACUGCGCAGAUCUGAGAGGGGAAGGAAGUGUGUUUGCGUCUGACUGCAAGUCCCAUGGGCCCUGGCUGUGUGAGAAAUCCAUGGAGCUGCCAGAGAUUUAAAGCUUUUCAAUCAGCUCCAAAAUUAUUGGCACCCUCAAGAAAAUGUUUAGACCAUAUAA